AUGGUCGCCUGUAUCUAUCACAAUGCGUCUUCGUACGCCCCAGUCUUUCCAUCUCCUCUCAAUCCUUCGACCAAUGGACCCGAGAACAAAUAUGCCACAGCUUCAGGACGUAUUGUGCGCCGAAGAAGAAGUCGACGAGGCCCUCCUGGAUCUCACACUCUCACUCAACGACUCCUCCGCGUAAAGGCAGCGGAUGCUUGGAGAGGACAUGUUCUGAGCGCUCAGGUUGUUCAGUAUGAAUAUGCUGAAGCUGCUGUCAUGGGAUAUAAAGCACCACCUAAGAGCCGAAACUGUCUGUAUUCAAUGCCCGGUCUCAAGAACCUCGGCCUCAACUUCUCACUCUCCGACGCCCAUCGAAUUGCCAGCAACAUCCGUCUUCCAGAUCUCACAUGUCUCAGGACAAGACGGAUGGUGCUGGCAAUGGGUCUCGUCGGGCUUCUCCCCGCUCUCAAGGUCCGCGAUAUGCUCAGAGCAGCUGAUACGUUAUGA